GAUGUUAGGGUUCAUUCGAAAGACUCGAACCUCCCGCUGGAUCGAAGAAAAUACUAAAGCCGGAGUUGCGACGUCAGCUGGUCUGCCUACACUGCGCCGCUCGCCUCGCGCGCCCCCACCCUCCUCUUCUCCUCGUCCAAGAUGGCGGCCGCCUCGCGGACGGAGCUCGGAGCCGGAGCCUACGCUUCGAUCAGUGAUGAAUGGUGACGCCAGGACCGCAUCGCCGGUCUGCGCCGCCACGGCCGUCAAGAGGCCCCCCUGCGACGACGGCUGCAGCGACGUCGACGAGCGCCAGCCUUCGUCGGCGAGCGGCAGCGGCGGCCCGGCCGCCAACAAGCGGCGCGCGGCGGCGAUCGAGGUGAGCCGCUUCUGGAACGAGCCGACCUCGAGCCCGCGACUGAGCCGUCGGUUCUACGGCGUCGACUGCCAGGUGCUCGCCAAGCGACUCCUGGGCAAGAUCCUCGUACGCCGACUGGCCGACGGCACAGUGCUCAAGUGCCGCGUCGUCGAGACUGAGUGCUACUUGGGCUGCGACGACCAGGCUUCGCACUCGUACAACGGCCGGCGCACCGAGCGCAACGAGCCCAUGUUCAUGGACCCAGGCACGGCGUACGUGUACGUGGCCUACGGCAUGUACCACUGCUUCAACAUCUCCAGCGAGGGCGACGGCGCCGCGGUGUUGCUGCGCAGCGCGGUGCCCCUCCAGGGCGUCGAGCUAAUGCGGCGCCUGCGCGGCGCUCGCCGCAAGGACGCCGGACGCAAGCUCAAGCUGUUCGAACUGUGCAACGGGCCCUCCAAGCUGUGCCUCGCCAUGAACAUCACCAAGGAGACCCUGAACAAAGAGUUUCUGCCCGACAGCCAGGCGCUGUGGCUCGAGAGAGACGGCGAUGGCGACGUGCCGCCCGAGCAGAUCGUCGUCUCUCGCCGUGUCGGCAUCGAAGGAGCGGGCCGCGAGUCGGCGGCCAAGCCGUUGCGCUUCUACCUGAGAGACUGCGACUGCGUCAGUGUCAGGGACAGGGUGGCCGAGACACGGGCAGCAGCACAGCAGCAGCAGGUCGUCGCGGCGCUACAGCCGCCCGUGCCCUAGCUGGCGCACUUUUAAUAGGAUUGAUUGUGUGUGUUUUUUUCACGGACCCACGGCGACAAAAUGUAUGUGCGAGCAGUGAUCUCCCUCACCACCACGCCCCCCGAUUCACGUAGCCCCUACGUAGGUGCUGAUACUUUGUGCGUCUAUGUUGUGUUGGUCGUUGAUCGACUGCACCGAAGACGCUGCCGAGUGAAGCCCUCUCCGUUCAAGAGGACCACGCUUGCAUUGCUUUCCCCGUUCAGUUACGGCUCCUACGCCAGCCGGUGAAUGUGUACGCUCAUCUAGUGCAGCCUCGGAAACGCCACCACCUCUACCUCCGCUUUUAACCAAACACCCAGGCAUGCGGGGGAUGUUUUUUUUUUCUUUCCCUAUUGUUGCUACGUUCCACAACCCCUCCCCCACAGCCGCCCCAGCGAGAGUCAAGCUUGUUUUUUGUUGUGUUCUUUUUUAAAUAUUAUUUCUUUCCGCGCCUUGUUGCCUCUUUUAUUGAUGUGUUUGUUGAGGAGACUUUUGCGCAUGCACCCGUCGUCAACCGACGAAGAAGCCGGUGUUGCGCGCUUGCGCUCGUAUUAUAAAGAAUAAAGGGAAUUCGCAUUGGUGCCGCCCCUCUGCUGAGGUUGA